AUGCCGGGUUUUAGCAGCGCGGGCACAUUCAAAAUCUUUAUCGGAAACUUGGCCGAAAAGACGGCCGUAGCCGAACUGCGUCCUUUAUUCGAAAAAUUCGGCAAAGUCGUUGAGUGUGAUGUUGUGAAGAAUUACGGUUUCGUACAUAUGGAAAAUGAAGCCGACGGACGCGAGGCCAUCCAGAGCCUUAACGGGCAAAUAUUGAACGGUCAAGCGAUGAAAUGCGAGGCGGCCAAGAGCCGAAAAGCCCCACAAACGCCGACCACGAAGAUCUUCGUUGGAAAUUUGACAGACAACACAAAGGCGCCGCAGAUACGCGAACUAUUCAAAAAAUUCGGCACCGUUGUGGAAUGCGACAUUGUUAGAAACUACGGUUUCGUCCAUUUAGAAUCAUCGGGAGACGUUAAUGAUGCUAUUAAAGGUAAAGCAAUAAAAGACUUGAAUGGAACCAUGGUGGACGGUCAACCCAUGAAGGUGCAAAUAUCGACAUCGCGCGUACGGCAACGUCCCGGCAUGGGCGAUCCGGAGCAGUGCUACCGAUGCGGCCGCGGCGGCCAUUGGUCCAAAGAGUGCCCCAAGGGCAUGGGGCCCGAGAGGUUCCGCGAAAGAAUGUUCGGACGGGAUCCGUACCCACCCCCACCUCCGCCACCUUUCCUGCGCGACCGAAUGAUGGGACGAUUUGGGGAUAGCUACGAUGGCUACUACGAUCGUCGUUUCGAAGACUCUAGAGACCUGUAUGAGCGUCGCUACUCUGGUAUGCCACCAAGUCGGGAUGUGGGUAUGCGUGGCGGCAGCGGGCGAGACUUCAUGCCACCCCCACUCCCUCCACGUCGUGAACCACUUCCUCCAAUGCCUUCAAUUGGGCUAAGAGGUGGUCCGUCUAGUGGGUUGGGUAGCAGCCUGAGAGAUAGUGGUUUUUCAAGAAGCAGUAGCGAUUAUGGGAUGUUCAGUAGAAGGUCGCCUCCUCCAAGUAGCAGCCUUAGCAUGAGGAGCAGCAGAAUGUAUGAGGAUUUUAGCAGAGACUCAUUUGAUGAUAGAAGGCCUGGUUUAAGAGGACCAUCACCUCCUAGAAGAUAUGCACCAUAUUAA